UUUUUUGCAGUUCAUAUCAUUCGCCACGACUUGCAUUCUCAUGAUGUCCACGAAAAUGGCUUCAGUCGUUACCACCACCGAGGUUCAGGUGAAGCAGACAUGCGAGGUGACCAUCGGCGACGCACUGGCGUCUGAUGCAGCAGCAAUAGCUCUGAUCGGUGCCAACACUUUCACCGCAGCCUUCGGGUUUUCCGUCCCAGAAAACGACUUGGCAAACUUUUUAGCAGAGACGUACUCGUCAGAAGCUAUCGAGGCGGAUAUCAUAAGCUCACAUGAGAACAAUAUCAGCACGUUUGUCGCCCGUGAUGAAACGGGCUCUAUUUUAGGAUUUGUGCAGCUUGUUCGCGGCCUUACGGAUUCAUCCUUAAAGGGAGAUCCCUCCUCACACGCCGAGCUGCGGAGGCUUUACGUAGAUACCACGGCUCAUGGCAAGGGUAUCGGGAGCAAACUUAUCGCUGUCGUCGAGAACAAGGCCAGGUCUGAAGGCUUCGAGCAGCUAUGGCUUACCGUCUGGGAGAACAACAAGAGCGCACAACGACUCUACCAGAGGCUGGGGUACUCGAAGGUAGGCGCUGUGGAAUUCGCUACCGGAUCUUGUAUUCAGACGGAUUGGGUAUUGGUAAAAAGCCUGUGAUUAAUUUGAGUCAGGCAUGCCUCCUCACUUUAGACAUCAGGCAUAGAGACAUGGAUAGAAAGGAAGCGGAAUUGCAUAGAUAAACGGGGCGUUGGUGCAUACAAAAGAUGCUAGGCAUUCGGUGGUAGUUUUCACUUAUACAUAUCACUAAAGGGGGCGUUAUGGCAGCAGCAUCUCCAUAGCUGUACAACACACAAAUGGGCUGCAACAAAUUUCUACAUACCAGAUAGGUCUGAAUCAGACCGUCUGAUAGAUCAUAAUUACAAUAAUUACAAUAACUACAAUUCAGAUGA